AUGGAUCCUCCAGAUUGUAUUGGACAAGCAGGUGUUUUGAGACACGUGCACGAAUUAAAUACGACCAGGAAUAUAGGUAAAGAAAAUAAUUGUUCUAAGUGUUUUACAAUAACAUUUUCAUAAUUGUCAAACUUGUCAUUGUUUGAAUUGUUUCUAAAUGAGAAAGCUUUUAAUUGUUGUUUCUAUUUGAAUCUAACAUGUGUAUGUUUUAUCAAAUGGAAAUUCUAUUUAUAUUUGGAGUUUAGUUUCGAUUUAGAUCUAGGUUAGGUUAUGCUUGACACAAAUAAUUCUAUUUAAUACAUUUGUAUUGCUUGUAGCAUUUGGAUGUUUCUCGUUAGUUUUUAUUUAGUAUUUAAUAUAAAUUUAUUACAUAAUUAUUAUUUUGAAUAAUAAUAAUGUAUAUAUCAAUACUGAUAAUAAGAUAACCUAUGUACAUUUGGUUCUGUAAUUUAAAGAAUUUUUUCUAAAUAUUAAAGAAAUUAUUGAAAAAAAGAAUAUCUUUUGUGUUUUAGGUUUUUCAAGAAUGCCAGGCUUAUGUGUAAAAAGUCAGUGGAUUCACCAAAAAGGUAUUUAAAGAUUUUAUAAGAAUAUCAUUGCAUUGUGUUAUAUAAUAAAGUUGAUUGUAUAUCAUCAUGAUUGAAUAAUAACCUGUUAUAUUUUGAUACUUUCUUUUAUUGAAGGGAUUUUUAUGUUAUAAUAUGUUAUGUUAUAAUAUGAAAUGUAUUUUUAAUAAAUAAAGAUAAAAUGUUACAAAAUACAACAUAGUUUAAUUAAUAAAUUUUCUUGUUUAUUCAAUGAAUUUAGUGUAAUUUAUAAUUUUUGUUUUUAAAGUGAGAAAGGUGUGAACAAGGCACUGUUAACUCUGACUGCUGUGGCAAUAGGAGCCUCGGGUGUGUGGUUUUAUGUAAAGCGUUCAGAAUUCAAUCCAUCUCUUGAAGAUUGGCAACCUAGCGUAGGCAAAACAAUUCAGGACAUCUUUCAGGAGAAAUCAUCCUUUUUGGAAUUCAUAGGUUCAUUCUACGAAUCAUUUAAGAAAAUCACCAAAGCCAGCUUUUGUACCACUCGUUGAUAAAAAGGAACCACCUAUUAAUGAUCCUUAUACAGAAAUAAGAUUAAGUAAAGAAAAGGGAGAAGAAAUUGAAAUCGUGGCCGAAAAACCUCAGCCACCUGCCAAGGUUGUACCUGAUGAAUUGAUCCCAGCAAAUCUGGUCGAACUGGAAACAUCUGCCGGUGAAACUGCGUCCAAAGCUAUUGCAGCUUACCAAAAAGCAACGUCUGCUAUUCAAGAUUAUAAUCAAGAUGUGAUAAAAGUCGUGGAGAGUAUUAAUGCCACCGUUGGUAGCUCUGUCUGGAACAGACUGAAAGAUGCAACAGAAAAGAGAAAGGAGGCUAUUAAAGAAGCAGAAGACCACGCUAAUCAAGCACUUGAUUCGCUUAAGAAAAUGUAUAAUUUAAUCGAUGAUUCUAAAUUCGACGCGCCGUCGCACAUGAAAACAGCUGCUCGAAGAAACAUCAAGAAAAUCUUGGAUGAUGUAGACGAAGCGAAGCAAAAGUAUAAGACAGAAAUAGAGACUGGCAAUAUCGCCGAACGUUAUUGGAAACAGGUGAAAACUGCUCGUGAAAAUCUGAACGAAGAACUUCAAAUAUUAUUUCCCGAUAUCAAUAUUUAUGAAAAAAAAUUGGCCAUCGAUGAAGAUGCCUUUGACUUAUUCGUCUUACACAUGUACAAUAAAGUGAACAGCUUGCAAAAGGAAUUGGAAAAAUUGAGGACUGUCAACAAAAGCAAACUCAAGGCAGCGCUAAAAUCAUCGGGUGACGUAACGACUGAGGAAAGAUUGGACACUUUGGUAUGCCUUGAAUUGGAUAAGGAGAAGCAAAUUCUUCAGGACGAAUUCAGUAGAAAGGUAAGAGAAUUACCUACAUUUCAAGAUCCAAUUGCUCUUAUAUUCAAGAUAAAAUACACGAAUCACGUAUUGCGGUAUCGCGAUUGCGUUAAUUUGUUUAUCUGA